UGCCGUAAAGGAUCUUUCACCUGCCCAUCCCAUUUUCGCACAUCCUGAUUAAACUGUCACGAUAGUACCGGGAUAGAGAAGGCAGGCUUUCCUUCGAUAAACCUACCAGACGGGUCACCACCAUGAGUACCAAUCAAAUCCAGCGAAUCAUCGUACCAGAUCGGGAACGAGCAUGCCAAGUCCCAAGUGCAGAAACUGUCGGCGCUGCAGUAUCCAUUCUCCAAAGGGAUGGCAUCGUGGUGUUGGAAGACGUUGUGGACAAGUCUGCCGUAGCAAAGCUAAACUCCAUCAUGGCCGAGAGAUCUGAACAACUGGCCAACGAACCAUCGACCCAUUUCAAUCAAGGAAAACCUACCCGUAACAUCUCACAAAGGCCGCCGGCUUCUCCGGACCUAAUGUUUCAGUCUAUUUGGGCGAACCCUUUCGCAGCCAGUAUAGGCGCCGCAAUUCUGGGACCGAGUCCGCGAGUAGUUUACGCGAAUGGCAACACAGCACUUUCCUCAACUGAACGGCAAACUGUUCAUGCAGAUUUAGACCAUGAGCACCUCCGGUUUCCAUUUGCAUUGGUGGCAAAUUACUAUCUUGUCGACACAGGUCCCCUAAACGGCGGCACAGAAGUAUGGAUUGGGAGCCACAGAGACACCAGCAUGGCUGAUCAUGUUGAGUCGCGCGAAUCGCAAGGGGGCCUAUCAACCAUCAAGCCAGAACUUGUCAGCAAACGGCGUGAGAUACUUCCGCCCGUGCAGAUCUCGGUAAAAGCAGGAGAUCUAGUACUUCGAGACCUAAGAUUGUGGCACGCAGGAAUGCCGAAUCGGACGAACGUGCCCCGAGUCAUGCUUGCGUUUGGGAUAUUUCCUUGGUGGUAUCAAGCGUCUUUGAAGAUAGCACUUCCUGUUACCGCUCAGCCAUUGGUGCAGCGGUGGACGAAAGAAACAGGGCUAGAAUUUGUGGUGGAGUGGCAAGAGAACUAUGUGCCAACUUCAAAAUUCUUCGUGACCGCUGCCUCGGCGAACAAGCACUUAGUAUAUGGGUAG